AUGUUGUUGCCGCUGGCCCUCAGCUCAGACUGUGACGAAGAUAGCUUGUAUUGCUAUACAGCUGGUCGAUGGAUAUGGAAUGAGAAAGAUCAGUUUUCCCGUCGUUAUGUCAAAUUUGAUCUAGCGGAACUCGUCAGGGUCGCAAUCCAAGUGACACAGUCCAAGUCCUGUGUCCAAGUGAAGAAACUCCCAGAGGGGAAUUUCAGCAAAGUUUUCCUUAUGACAAUGGAUGAUAAUAAAGAAGUCAUUGCAAAACUCCCAAAUCCAAAUGCCGGUCGUCCACAUUUUACCACAGCUAGCGAGGUGGCGACAAUGGACUAUGUUCGGAAUGUACUCAAUAUCCCCGCCCCAAAAGUGUACGCUUGGAGCUCCUCCGCUGAAACGCCAGCUGGAGCUGAAUACAUCAUCAUGGAGCGAAGCCGCGGGGUUGAAUUAAGCAAGCUUUGGGAUGACAUGCCAGGUCCUGACAAACUUCAGAUUGUCAAGCAGCUCGUUGGGUUUGAAAAAGCCCUUGUAUCCACUCAGUUUCCCAUGUAUGGAAGCCUGUAUUACGCAAAGGAUCUUCCAGACGUUCAGCCAAGCCAACUCGUUUAUUCUAAGCCCAAGGACAACGGCGUGGAUUUUGUCUUUGCGGUUGGUCCUACUACGAACCGAGCAUUCUUCGACGAUAAUAGAGAUGCUGUUGAUAUAAACAGAGGGCCCUGGACAUCGCCCGAAGAUUAUGUGAUUUCUCGGGCUCACCGCGAGUUAAUGUGCUUACAAUCCUUCUCAAAAUUCCCACGCCCACAGGGACUGUUUUACGGACCUGGCCAGAUUACCUCAAAGUUGCCAAAGUUAUUAUUACCGAAAGACAAAACUCUCUCUAAACCCGUUCUUUGGCAUCCCGAUCUACACGCGGACAAUAUCUUUGUGAAUCCGGAUCAACCAACAGAGAUUAUUUCUAUCAUUGACUGGCAGGCUGUGAACUUGUCGCCUCUGUUUCUUCAAGCUCGCCAUCCAGCUCUCAUUGAAUUUGAGGGUCCUAUUCCCGAGGGAUUGCAAUCAAUCAGUCUUCCCGAUAAUUUCGAUGAAUUAAGCCCAGAGAAACAACUUGAAGCAAAGAAACUUCGCGCUGCGCAGUCCCUUUACAAACUCUACGAUAUCCAGCUGAUUCGAAACUGCCCCGACGUUGCCCACGCGUUGCAAUUCAGAGACUCUCUCGCCGGCCAAAUCACCGGGUUAUCUAGCUCUCUUUUUAGUGACGGGGAGCCAAUCGUGCAGGGCAUGCUCAUGAGACUUCAGGAUGAAUGGUCGAGCUACAUUGGAUCAUCCAUCCCCUGUCCUCUUUCUUUUACGGUAGAGGAGAAAGAACGCCAACGGCAGAACGAGAUAAAGUGGUCCAGGGGCGUGGAACUGAUGGAGGAGUUUCUUGGGCAAGUUGGUGCAUAUCGAGGAUGGGAUGGGUGGGUUAACCAUGAUAACUACGAAUUUUUCAAAGACCGAUUCGAACGAGCAAAAGAAGAGUUUUUGGAUCGACACUCGGCUACAGAGGAGGAGAGAAGCCAGUGGACGGCAGUGUGGCCGUUCACAAACGGAUAA